AUGACCUACUGGGCCACUUUGGAGCUACUCUCUACACACUAUAGAUUUGUACCCAACUACCAGUGUGACAAACAGAAAAAUCUGAUGGCAGUCAUUGGGGGACUUGACUUUGAGAUUUCCCUCCACAUGGCAGCCAUCUUAGGUGUCUACAAGAUUCCCCAGCUCAGUUAUGGCUCCUUUGCCCCAGAGGAUGCUGAUCAAAGCCAAUCCACUCCCUUCUAUCGGAUGGUGCCCAAUGAAACCCAUCAGUACACUGGGAUUCUUGAGUUACUUCUGCAGUUUGGAUGGACGUGGGUUGGGUUGCUCGCGGUGGAUAGUGAGAGUGGAGAGAGUACUGAGUUCAGUGAACCCUGCACUGGACAGGAGAAGCUGGACAGCCUCCCCUCGUCUGGCUUUGAGAUGAGCAUGACUGGCCACAGCUACAGCAUCUACAAUGCUGUCUACGUUGUGGCACAUGCUCUUCAUGCCAUGUUCCAGUCCUGGUCGAAAGACAGAGGAAUUAGCUUAGAAAUGAAAUCAGGGGGCAUGUCGAACAGUGUCCUGCAACCAAGCGAAGAAGAUAACUCCCCAGACAUGAAUGACUGUGUCAGAUGCUCAGCAGGUCACUAUCCAAACAAAGACCAAACACAAUGUAUUCCAAAGACAAUAAGCUUCUUGACGUUUGAAGAACCUUUGGGGAUGAGCUUAGCUUUCUUCUCUGCUUUUUUCUCACUGCUCACAAUAUUGGUCCUAGUCAUUUUCAUUACACAUCAGAACACACCUCUCGUCAGGGCCAACAACCGGAAUCUGACUUACGUGCUCCUCAGCUCUCUUCUGCUCUGCUUUCUUGGCCCCUUCAUCUUCAUCAGCCCCCCGGGCACAGUGACUUGCCUUUUUCGACAAGUGACUUUUGGUAUCAUUUUCACAGUGACUGUUUCUUGUGUGUUGGCCAAAACCAUCACUGUGGUUCUGGCCUUUGGGGCCACCAAACCAGGAUCCAGAAUGAGGAAAUGGGUGGGGAAAAGACUGGCAAGCACCACUGUGCUUUCUUGUUCCCUUUUCCAAAUUGGUAUUUGUGCUGUGUGGUUAGGAACGUCUCCACCUUUCCCCCAUUCUGACUUGCACUCUGUGAUGGACAAAAUAAUACUAGACUGUAAUGAAGGGUCAGUUGUCAUGUUUUACUGUGUCCUGGGCUACAUGGGUCUCCUGGCCAUUGUCAGUUUUGUUGUAGCAUUUUUAGCCAGGAAACUGCCUGACAGCUUCAAUGAGGCCAAAUUCAUCACCUUCAGCAUGUUCUUGUUUUGUAGUGUUUGGAUCUCCUUUGUUCCAGUGUACCUGAGCACCAAGGGGAAAUACAUGGUGGCUGUGGAGAUCUUCUCCAUCUUGGCUUCCAGUGCUGGGAUACUGGGCUCCAUCUUUGCUCCCAAAUGCUACAUCAUUGUGUUGAGGCCUGAUCUGAACAGCAAGGAGCAGUUAAUAAAGAGGAAACAGUAA